AUGGCGACACGCGCCGUGCAUCUCGAGCUAAUCGACGGCUAUUCGACUCCGGCGUUCUUAGGAGCGUACGCCCGAUUUGUUGCGCGCAGAGGGCUCCCAGAGUCUAUGUACUCAGACAAUGGGACUACCUUCGUCGGCGCGGAUCGCGAAAUGACCGCCUCAUUUCGAGCCGCUCUUCGCGAUCCCGCCUUCCUCAAAAAUCGCCUCAGACUCCAUCUCUUGGCAUUUUAUACCUCCCGCAGCCCCCAUUUCGGAGGACUGUGGGAGGCAGGCGUCCGGAGUGUAAAACACCACCUCCGCCGUGUGGUAGGAGCGCACACUCUUACUUUUGAGGAGUUGUCGACUCUCCUCUGCGGAGUUGAGGCGUGCUUAAACUCCCGUCCGUUGGCUCCGCUCACGGACUCGCUCGAUGACUACGAACCGCUCACGCCUGGGCACUUGUUGAUCGGUGCCGCUCUCACCUCGCGCCCAGAGCCAUCAUUGUUGUCGGUUAAUGAAAAUCGCUUAACUCGCUGGCAGCUCGUUCAGCAGCUCAAAGAGCGAUUCUGGAAGCUGUGGCAGAGCGACUACAUUAAUACUCUACAGCAGCGAGCAAAGUGGCGACGCAUUCAACUACCAGGCAUUAAACUCGGGCAAAUGGUACUACUUCGGAACCCUUUGCUCCCGCCAUGCAAAUGGGAGCUCGGUCGCGUGAGUCAGUGUCAUCCGGGUUCCGACGGCUUAACUCGAGUCGUCACAAUCAAAACGGCGUCCGCUGAGUAUAAACGACCGCUAUCUAAAAUAUGCGUUUUGCCGGUCGAAAUCGAUCCGGCAGAUUCCGAACCUGACGAACCAUGA